CCCUCACCGAAUUCCCUAUACCUGUCGAAUACUUGCCGCUUACUACUCGCCUAAAUAGUUUAUUUAAUCCCCUCUCGGAGGUCCUCUUGUACUAUUUACAUAAAUCUUUACUAGAGAACGAUUGCAAGAUUUCCCUAUAUCCCCUGCCUAUCAUCUUUCCUCCUAUCGGCGACCUCACGAUCCCAAUAUGAGUAGAUACGAUUCUUACUCGGAAGAUGAGGAUCUUGACAUCCGUGUCAGACAUCGGCAUGCCUCUCCUAACCCACCUCCUCUUGCUCAUUAUGUAGACGCCCGCUCCCCUCGUCCUCGUUACUAUGAGACCGCCCCCCGUGCAGAGGACCGUUUUUUAGUACCGACGAAUGAGCGCACUAUUGUGACAACUCGGCGAUCACGCUCACGCGAUCACCGUCCUGCUUCACCGGGGGUCAGUGCACCUAAUCCUCCCGUCAUAAUCAACAAUCGUAUUUAUAAUAACUCUGACUCUGAGUCAAUAUCCGACUCUGACUCAGAGCAUGAGAUGAAGAGGUCUCGAUCUCGCCGUCGUGGUCAUUCUCGUGCACAUUCGCGUACCUCUUCAAGCUAUUCCCAUGAACAUGAUCACGACCGGUACGCACUGGAGCACGUACGCCGGGAUUACGAGAAGGAGAUCGAGGCUAAGCGCAGGGAUUACGAGAAGGAUCUCGAAAAUAAGCGCCGCGAGUAUGAGCUAGAGCACGCCCGGAAAGAACUUCAAGAGCUCAAGCUAUCCGCCCAGAUCGAGCAGGACGAGAAGCGCCGGAAUCGCACUAUCCAAGAAGAGCGCGACCUGCGGGAGGCUAAGAAAGAGCUCGACGAAAUUCGGAAAGCUAAAGAGCAUGAUGAGUAUGAACGCCGCGUCAAGCAAAAGCUCGAACUUCAACGACUGAAGGACGAAGAAGCUGCCUUGGUAGAAAAGAAGCGCCGCGACAAAGAAGCUAGAGAGGCUAUUGAGAAGUAUAAGAAAGAAGAGGCGGAGCGUAGAAUUAAGGAAAAGCAGGAGGCCGAGGCGCGCGAGAAAGAAUACAAAGUCAAAAUGCAAGAGCAGCUGCUAAAGUCCGGUCUCGGCGAGAAAGAGAUCAAUGCCAUCCUCGCCGGCGAGAAGAUUAAGAAGGAAAAAGAAAAGGAAGAGAAGGAAAAGGCGAAGGGGAAGGAGACGGAGGAGGCACCACGUCCUAUCUACACUCGUAUGGCGAGACGGCACCUCUCGAUCGAGACCUUGAGGGCCUACGAUAUCGACUUCCAACUUGACCCCGAUCCAGACUAUAUCCUGAUCAAGAGGUGGGUGGAUGAACCGGAGCAGGACCUGCUCUGGAGACACACCAAACUCAUUCGCGAGAAGCGGUCCUCUGGUUCUAGUAAGCUUAUUAUGUCUAUUGAAGAGAAGGAUAGGAGAAAGCAUCAUCACCAUCUCGAGCCUGAAUUUGAAUGGGUCCGUAAGAAGGAGCGUAGGCGGAGCCGAUCCCCUUCUUUACUGAUGUACUUGGCUGGGGGGAGACCGGCGUAGUGUGGUAAUUUCUAUUCAUUUUCUUCUCCUUUGCGUGGACAGGGAUGGCCGCUGCAAUUUGCAGUUGACGAAUAGACUCAUGCCACUUUCCUAUUUCUAUGAUGAUGAGAAC